UGUGUUCGCGACUACGACACCGGCCAGUCCGCACUCUCAACACUUGCAUUUCCACACUCUUGCGCCUCUCGGCCUCUCGGCACCGAGAACUUCUCGGCUAACAGGUCCGACCCGCCGAACACAUCAUGCUCUUCAGAUUCGGGAUUUUCAUUGGUCUGGGCUCCGUGGUCACGACCAUCAUCUACUUCACACCUGUCCCAGAGCGAACAUUCCUUUCCUGCGACAGACCAUGUCAUCACUUGGAUUGGCCUAUGAUCUGCCGGGUGAAACUCACGUUAGAAGUCUUUCAAUCGCUAAGCAAAUCAUGCGGGGAUUGUCCAUUGAAUCGGACAAACUGCCUGGCUAAUCACUGCGUUUCCGCGGAUGGGCAAAGACGAGGAAUUCUUACGGCCAAUCGUCAAAUGCCAGGACCUAGUAUUCAGGUUUGCGAAAACGACAUUUUAGUAGUAGAUGUAAUUAAUCGACUUCCGGGCAAAGCCACGACAAUACAUUGGCGUGGACAAACGCAAGGGGAAAUGCCUUAUAUGGACGGCGCGCCGCUGAUCACUCAGUGUCCGAUAUUAAGUUAUUCGACUUUCCAAUACAAAUUUCGCGCAUCGGUACCCGGCACGCAUUUGUGGCAUGCGCAUGCAGGCGCCGAUGUCAGCAAUGGCAUUUUCGGCGCGCUGAUCGUUAAGCAGGCGGAUCUUUUGGAGCCUCAUCGCGCUCUUUACGAUAUUGACGACUCUAACCAUGUGGUUCUGGUGAGCCAAUGGCAACAUUCGCCAGAAGUGGCGUUUCAUUACAGUCAUUCGAAACCAGCGAUUCUUUUGAUCAAUGGGAAAGGCCGCCAGCCCGGUGGACCCACGGUUCCCCUGACCACGUUCACGGUCGUUCCAGGACGACGUCAUAGAUUCCGCGUCGCGAAUGCCGGCGGCGCCGGUGCAUGUCCGAUAAUUUUUAUAGACAACCACACGCUUCUUUUGAUUACACUUGACGGGCAGCCUGUGGAGCCGCGCCAGGUUACCUCGAUUACUCUCGCCAAAGGUGAAAGGGCAGACUUCGUCCUCAAAGCGAGCAAACGCAUCGCUUCCUAUUGGGUGCACGUUCAUACAGGGAAAGAAUGCGGAACAAGCACGAUAAAUGGCGCAGCGGUGCUCAACUAUAAAGGCAGCUCGGAAGUGCCAGCGACAACAGAGGAAAUUAUCGAUCAGCGCGAUAUCGACGAGAUAGGGACAAACCGGUUAGCGAUGACGACGAAUCCUGCCGAGAAAUGCGCCGGUCAAGAGAGUUUGUGCGUCAUCAAUAUUCAGAAUAUCCGCAAAAUGCCGCAAGUUCUAACCAAGGGCAAGAUGGACAUAACGAUGUAUCUGCCAAUUAACUACAAGCUGCAGGCAACGGAAUUGUUAAAUAAUGGCGGGAUGGAAACGCGAGUGUUCAACGUCGACAACGCUACUUUUACGUUUCCCUCGUCACCGCUAUUGACCCAGGGUGGCGAUGUAUCCCUGGGGAUGCUGUGCUCCAGCAGCGAUAACGAUGACGAAGAUGAUCAGGGCGAGAGUGACGAGAACGCGUCGCGGCGCCGGUGCCGUUCCGUCGUCGACGGCGGCACAAGCAACAUAUGCGAAUGCGUUCACGUGCGCCACGUGCCGCUCGGAGCGACCGUCGAGAUUAUUCUCUUGGAUCAAGGUGGUCUGGACGAUCUGGUUUACCAUUUACACGGCUACAGUUUUUAUGUAGUGGGUGCCAGACAGUUUGGGCGAAGUAUGCCACUGCAAGAGGUGAAAAAACUGGAUGAGAGAGGACAACUGUUUUUGCGAAAUGUUGACUGCGCGCCGAUUAAGGAUACCAUCGUCGUACCCAAGUUUGGCGCAGUGGCAUUGCGAUUUAAAGCUGACAAUCCGGGUUAUUGGAUGUUGCGGGAUGAGCACGCGGCUGAUUGGACUCGCGGUUUGGAUGUUAUUCUACAAGUUGGAGAACCUACCGACAUGGUGGCUGCGCCACAGGAUUUCCCUAAAUGCGGAUCCUUUGUGGGACCAGAUUACUUUCUUAUAUAGACUGUUAAUUACUAAGUUAAUUACUAAGUUAAAUAUGUAUAUAAUUGUAUAUAAUUAUUAUAUUAACGACAUAACGAUGGUGCUUUGAAUAUAUCCAUAAUCGCAA